AUGCUGGUGUUCCUGGUUCUGGGGGCUGUGGCCCUGGCAUCUGCUCAUCACGCCGGGGAGCACUUCGAAGGCGAGAAGGUGUUCCGUGUUCAUGUCGAAGAUGAAAACCACAUCAACUUAGUCCACAAGUUGGCCCACACCACCCAGAUUGACUUCUGGAAACCAGAUUCUGUCACACAAAUCACACCUCACAGUGUGGCUGACUUCCGGGUCAAAGCAGAAGAUACUGUCGCCGUGGUGAACUUUCUAAAGCAGAAUAACCUAAAAUUUGAGGAAUUGAUAAGCAACCUGAAAAAUGCCCUGGAGACCCAGUUUGAUAGCCGUGUUCGUGGGACAGGACACAGUUAUGAGAAGUACAACAACUGGGAAACGAUUGAGGGUUGGACUCAGCAAGUGACCACUGAGAACCCAGACCUCAUCUCUCGCAGUGUGAUCGGAACCACAUUUGAGGGACGCAAUAUGUACCUCCUCAAGGUUGGCAAAGCUGGAGCCAAUAAGCCUGCCAUUUUCAUGGACUGUGGUUUCCACGCCAGAGAGUGGAUUUCUCCUGCCUUUUGCCAGUGGUUUGUGAGAGAGGCUGUUCGUACCUAUGGACAUGAGAUCCACAUGACAGAGCUUCUCGAGAAGUUAGACUUUUACAUCCUGCCUGUACUCAAUAUUGAUGGCUACGUCUACACCUGGACGAAGAACCGAAUGUGGAGAAAGACCCGCUCCACCAACGCCGGAUCGACCUGCUAUGGCACAGACCCCAACAGGAAUUUUGAUGCUGGGUGGUGCCAAACUGGAGCCUCUCGAAGCCCCUGUUCUGAAACUUACUGUGGGUCUGCUGCGGAGUCAGAAAAGGAGACCAAGGCGCUGGCCGAUUUCAUCCGUGACAACCUGUCUUCCAUCAAGGCGUAUCUGACCAUCCACUCGUACUCCCAGAUGCUGCUCUACCCUUACUCCUAUGACUACAAACUUCCUGACAACAACGUCGAGUUGAACACCCUAGCUAAAACUGCUGUGAAAGAGCUAGCCUCGCUGCACGGCACCAAGUACACAUACGGUCCAGGAGCUACAACAAUCUAUCCUGCUGCUGGGGGCUCCGAUGACUGGGCUUAUGACCAGGGAAUCAAAUAUUCCUUCACCUUUGAGCUCCGAGAUACUGGCAGAUACGGCUUUGUCCUCCCUGAGUCCCAGAUCCGGGCAACCUGUGAGGAGACGCUGCUGGCAAUCAAGUACAUUGCCAGCUACGUUCUGGAACAUCUGUACUAGUCGAGAAAGCUGAGAGCCUAAUUGAAGAAUGCUCACUUAUCAUUUAUUUUCUAUCUUCAAAUCUUAUUUUUGUCUUCCUAGAUGUUUUACAGAUCCAAAUCUUUCUUUUAAGCUUCUGAGUCUAUUAAACUAAGUGAAUCUCCUCAUAGUGAUCAUAAUAAAAGUGUAUCAUU